AUGCAAGAUUUAGACAAUGACUCUCAUGAAUUUUAUAAAACUCCUAAAGAAUUUUUCAAAUCUGAAUUUUGUGAGAAAAAAGAUUUUAAAACUAGGGCAACUUAUAAUUCUUCCACACCUAAUAAAAAGAAAAAAGAAUUACUCGAUUCUGAGGGGAAUAAAUUAAAUUCAAAAUUUCCAGAAUAUUUAUCAUCAAAUGAACUAAAAACUUUAGCUAAUUAUGGGGUAUUAAUAUCUGAAGCUUAUAUAAGUGCACCUGAUAAAGGUAUGGAUAUAUUAAUAGAUAGCAUUAGAGAUCGAAAUAGGGCAUUAGAAGGCGAUGAAGUUUUUAUAGUACUGAAACCGAAAGAAUAUCAAAGGGUAAACACAGAUUCCAUUAACACUCAAAGAACUGCAGUUGUUGUCAGUAUAAAGGCUCAAAAUCACAAAAGGCAAGCUAUUGGAACAUUGAGUACAGUAACGAAUAAAAAAGUAAAUUAUGUAAUAUUUUGCCCUAGAGACAUGAGAUUUCCUAGAUUAAAAAUAAAAAAAUCAAAUUGCCCCAGUGAAUUCAUUCAAAACCCUGAAAAAUUCAAUAACAAACUUUUUCUAGCUAAACUUUCUCAGUGGAAUGAUUUACAAUUUGCUGACGGUGAAUUGAUUGAAGAAGUUGGUACAGUUGGAAACAUACAAGCAGAAACGAAUGCAAUUAUUUUAGGAUUAGGUUUGAAAAUACCCUCUUACGAUGAAAACCUGAAAAAGUAUAUACCAUCUAAUUCGAUGACCAUGACAGAAGAAGAAAUUCUCAAACGUGAAGAUUUUAGAAAAGAGUGUGUUUUUACUAUUGAUCCAGCUACAGCCGUGGAUUUGGAUGAUGCAGUUAGUUGUAAGGAAUUGAGCAAUGGGAAUUAUGAAAUUGGAGUUCACAUAUCAGAUGUGUCAUUUUACUUAAAAGAAAGUACUCCUCUUGAUUUAGCUGUUUCACAACAAGCCACCAGUGUGUAUUUUGUCGAUAAGGUGUAUCAUAUGCUUCCGUAUGAGUUGUGUCGACUUUGUUCCUUAACUCCUGGAGAAGAUAAAUUGUCAUUUUCAGUCUUAUGGGAAGUAACACCUGAUUGUCAAAUAUUGAGACACAGAUUUGCAAAAACAGUUAUUAAUUCAUGUGCUCAAUUUUCUUACGAGCAAGUUCAGUCUAUUAUAAAUGAUUCAUCUUCGAACACUGUUAAUUUACCAAAACUUCAUGGUUCUCAUAAAAAUAUUGCCAUAAGAAAUAUUAUUAAAAAAUUAUUUGAAUUUGCUUUCCAUUUGAGGAAAAAGCGUUUUGAUAACGGCGCUUUACGAAUAGAUCGAAAAAAAAUUGUUUUUUGUUUAGAUGCAAAUUUAAUGCCUCAUGAAUAUAGGGCUGAAAUACAUGAUGAAUCGCAUUAUUUAAUUGAAGAACUUAUGUUAUUAGCAAAUAUAACAGUUGCUGAAAAAUUAAUUGAACAAUAUCCAAAUAUUGCUUUCUUAAGGUCGCAUUCUCCACCCGUAGUAUUUGCUUUACAAAAAUUACAAAAGAAUUUGGAAAAUUAUAAUUUAUAUUUGGAUAUAACAAAUGCUGGAUCAAUAAAUAAUUUUCUUUUGAAAUGCUCAGGUUCAGAUUCUAAAUCUGUUGCUCGAAUGUUAGUUUUAAAUAAUCUUUUAGCAAAGCCUAUGACGAGAGCGACGUACUAUUGCUCAGGAAAUUUUUCGAACGAUGAUGAAAGGCGACAUUAUGCCUUAAAUGUACCUCUCUACACUCAUUUUACAUCUCCGAUUCGUAGGUAUGCAGAUAUUAUGGUACAUCGAUUGAUGUCUUCAUACGUAAAUGCAACGAAUGCUCCACAAUGGUCUAAAGAUCAUGUUCAAAGCAUUGCUAAUCAAUGCAAUAAACAAAAAUAUGCCGCCAAAUUAGCAGGAGAAAUGAGCGCCGAAUUAUUUUUUUCAAUUUACAUCGACCUUAAAGGAUCUCUCAUUUGCGAAGCAGUUGUUUGCGAUAUUAAAGAUAAAUCCUUUGAUUGCAUUAUUUUAUCAACUGGAACUCAUCAGAGAGUUUACUUUGAGCGAAUAAAGGGAGAAUUAAAAAAAACAAUUAAAGAUGGCGUUCCUAGGUUAACGAUCAAUUGGCCAACGGUUGUUAAAGAUGAAAAAGAAGAAAACGUUGAAAUAAUCGAAAUGUUUAGCAUAGUAAAAGUUGAAUUAAAGAAAUAUAAAGGUUUAAAAAUUGAAGCAAAAUUAUUGAGUUUUUCUUCGGUUAGUGUUUAA